AUGGCCACUCCAUCCAAAACAGCGACUAUACUCAUCAUCGGCGGUGGUGUAUUUGGCCUGUCGACUGCUCUCGAGCUCUCCAAUCGAGGAUACAAAGACAUAACUGUCCUCGAUCGCCACCUUCCACCAGUUCCUGAUGGAUCAUCUGUCGACAUCUCCCGCAUCAUCCGACCCGAUUAUGCAGACGAGUUCUAUGCUCGAAUGGGCCUUGACGCAUUGCGAGGCUGGACCAACGAAUAUACAGAGUUCUUUCAUCGCAGCGGUCUCCUCUGUGUCCAAUCUCAAGGCUCCACGCGGCAUACAUAUCUCGAACAGUCGAAACAGAAUCUUUCGCGGUUGGGAGAGAGCAUGACCAUACAAACGUUCCAGGGAAAUGAAAUAAUGCAUCGACAUCCCGGUAUUCAUGGUGAUCUGACGCAUACGAGUGGCUAUAUUAACGUCAAUUGCGGAUGGGCUGAUGCUGAAGGAAGCAUUGCUCAUUUGGCAAGGCUAUGUACGAGGGCUGGGGUCUCCUUCAUUGCCGGGAAAAAUGGAACGGUGACAGAUUUGGUCACACAAGCAAUUCAAGGCAAGAAGAAAAAAAUCACCGGCGUACGAACUUUAUCAGGCAGAAGUAUCUCUGCGGAUAUGGUCAUUCUGGCAACAGGGGCAUGGACGUCACAUUUGAUCGAGAUGGGAAAUCGCACAAUCUCAACCGGCCAGCCAGUCGGUUUCAUGAAGUUGACGGAACGCGAAGCGUAUCAAAUGAAGGAUUGCCCGGUCAUGAUUGACCUCAGCACGGGCUUUUUUGUCUUCCCGCCUACACCUGGGAGUCAUAUUCUCAAAAUGGCCAGACACGGGUAUGGUUAUGAGACAAGGCAUAGCUCCAGUUCUGUCCAUCAUUCAAACCGGUCUUUCUCCGGACCUGAUAUAUCCUCGCAACGCCAAUUUCUUCCGUCCGAUGCGGAACAUUCUUUGAGAGAUGGACUGGCACUAUUCCUACCCAAGUUCAAAGAUCGAAUUUUCAGUCAACGGAGAUUAUGCUGGUACACAGAUACUCCCAAGGGGGACUUUAUCGUCGAUCACCACCCCGAGUAUGAGAAUCUGUUCCUUGCAACUGGUGGAAGUGGACAUGCAUUCAAGUUCCUCCCAGUUCUGGGCCGCCAUAUAGUGGAUAACUUCGAAGGAAAGGCAUCGGAGGAGCAGAGGCAAAAGUGGGCGUGGAAAGAAGUUGCCAGCCCUAUUCACAAGGGCGAUGGAAGUAGGGGUGGUCCUCCAAGACGGGCUCUUUCGCGAGAAGAGCAGGCUCAUUUAUAA